GUGCUAUUGUCUCGUUUCCUGUGGCCAGGCAAAAAAGACUCCCUCGAGCCACUUAUAUUCGCCCCACGUGCGAACACGUCGACAUCCACAAACAGCACGCACCCCAUAGACACAGACGCGCUCAAGCCUUGAGCACGAGCCAGGACGCGCACACAGUGAAGAGUGCGCGCGGUGGAUUUGACGCGUUCCCGACAGCAUAUCCAAAGCGGAGCGAGUCGUCGGAGUUACAUGAUAGUUACGACCGCAAGGGUUUUUUAUGUCUGAUUUCAGUGAAGGCUGGUCAAUUAUUAUCAUUUGGUCGAUAUUUUUGCUCUCGUUGGCACUGGAGUCAAAAGAAAAAGAAUUUGGACUAUCGCAGACUCACGCAAAGUUUAUGAACUUAUGUCAGUAUUUUCAUUGAUCAUUUUAAUUGCCUAUGGAGGUGUUCUGUUGACAGCUGCACCGCUGCUCUGCUGCCAUACAACCAGAGGAGAACUCAGCCGGCGGACCCUCCUGCAUCCUGAGUGUGUCUGUGUGCGUUGGCUUUUACGAGCGUCCAUGAUGGCUUGACUGGUGGACCCUUCAUCGUCCCCCCCACCCACUGCAACCGUUGCGGAUCCGUUCCUUACGACCUCCCUGCACACCUGAUCAGAGGACGCUCUCCCUCUCACUCUUCCUCUCUCCGUCUCUCUCUCCCGGUAAAGCGAGCGUCAUGGCUAGCCUGGUGAUCAACGAGACGGGCAUGGAGGACUGCGGUAUCGACGAUUCCUUCAAGUACAACCUGUACUCGGUGGUCUACAGCGUGGUUUUCGUCCUGGGCCUGGUGACCAACUGCGCCGCCCUCUUCGUCUUCUGCUUCCGCAUGAAGAUGUGCAACGAGACCACCAUGUUCAUGACCAACCUGGCGCUCUCCGACCUGGUGUUCGUGAUCACACUGCCCUUCAAGGUCUUCUACAACGUCAACCGCCACUGGCCGUUCGGGGACGGGCUGUGUAAGAUCUCCGGCACGGCCUUCAUCACCAACAUCUACGGCAGCAUGCUCUUCCUCACCUGCAUCAGCGUGGACCGCUUCCUGGCCAUCGUGUACCCCUUCCGUUCGCGCUCCAUCCGCACGCGCCGCAACGCCGCGGUGGUGUGCGCCGCCGUGUGGCUGACCAUCGUGGGCGGUGGGAUAUCCGUCACCUUCUUCUCCACCAUCAACCGGGCCAACCGCGCCACCACCUGCUUCGAGGGCUUCUCCAAGAAAACCUGGCAGAACUACCUGUCCAAAAUCACCAUCUUCAUAGAGGUCUUUGGAUUCCUGCUCCCCCUGCUGGCCAACCUGGUGUGCUCCUCCCUGGUGCUUCAGACGCUCCGCCAGCCCGCCUCUGCGGGCCACGGCUGCGACAGCAAGAGGCGCGUCCUGCGCAUGAUCCUGGUCCACCUGGGCAUCUUCAUCAUCUGCUUCGUGCCCUACAACUCCAUCCUCUUCCUCUACGCCCUGGUGCGCACCCAGGCACUGGCCAGCUGCAGCGUGGAGCGGUUCGCCCGGACGCUCUACCCCAUCACGCUGUGCAUGGCCAGCCUGAACUGCUGCCUGGACCCCGUGGUGUACUACUUCACCUCCGAGAGCUUCCAGAAGAGCCUCACCGCAGGGGGGAAGGGGUCCGGGGCGCGGCACGAGAGCAUCCCCCGCAGCGAGACCCACCUUAGCGCGGACACAGACACCCAGGGGGGCACGGGUACGCUCACCAGGUACACCACGCCCGAGCCCGCCAGCAACGGCAAAGAGACACGGCAGUCUGAGAGCCAGUUCUGACGGGGCGAGGCGGGAGAAGAGGAGAACAGAGCGGAGUCGGGAUGAAUAUGUAAGGAUGCACCACUGAAUGACCUCGAAACUCCUCGAAAGAGUUGGACCCGGAGCUUGAGAAAUAAGGCUGUGAGCCGGUGGUUUUUAGAGCGGGUUGACAAACACAUAACUCAGCAGAUUAGUCGUCCUUGGGUAAAUCCCGAGGUUCGGCCUGGGCUUUACGGAUUACGAAAUGGAAGGGAGGAGGAAUGCGUGAAAGGAGUUAGGUGUUUACCGUGGGGACUAGAGGUGGUACCAUGCCAUAACAAGCCUUGUGAUGGACCGGGGUCAUGGUAGCUCCAGGGUACCUCCAGGAAAAAUAUAAGUAUUAUCAGGCUUGUACAAAGAUAUACAGGGCAAAUGACUACUACACAUACACACAAUACACCGCACACAAACGCACUGGAUUAUUGCGAAUAAGAUUUGAGAUUGUUAUUUUUGUUUGUCCUUGCCGCUGCGACAUGCCACAACGAUUAUGCUUGUAACAAACACACACUAAGCCUGCAGCCUUUUUUUUUAUUGUUGUAUUGUUCAAGCUGUAUCCUGGGAUUGAGAGUAGUAGCUUCAUACAAGGACACCGCCUUGCGUGACGAGUUUCAUUGCUCCCCGGCCAGCGGACCAUCCUGACCUGUGGAGGAGAGUGACUCACAUGGAAGGCAGGAGCCAUUAAACCUCUAAACUCAACUAUUUUCUUAGAUGUAUUCAUUGUUGCAGGCCAGUCCCUGUUCUGACCUUGCUGUUUUAAAUGGAUAUAAAGGCCUUCACUGGGAGAGUAAUCCCAAUCAUUAAAUCAGAGCUGAAAGGUUUUGUGCAGCAUUUUGACCUACAGAAAAUUAAUGAAUCAUUUGGCAAAUAAUGAUAAUAACAAAAGUGUGCUUCAGAAAGGCAGUUAUUUGGUUGAUUCAACGUCCUGGCUGCUUGUCAGACAGAGUUAAUGAAAGUAAAUGAAAGACAUCACCGUUGGACCUGGUUACUGUUAUAUAUAAAUAAAUAAAUAAAUACAUAUAUUUAUUUAUUUAUAUAUUAUUGGUGGGUGCCAUUAUUACGGCAUUUUAUGGACAAGACAACAAUUGGUUUAUUCAAAUCCAUAGGUUGAAAGCAAUUGUUGGUUGCAGACCCAAAUUUCAAUCUUUAGUGAAGGCAGGUUGGUGUGGAGUUUCUCAUCUCAGAGCUAAUUCCAUAAAUAAUCAUUCAAGUUAUCAUAAAUUGGUUGAAUAAAAAAUAUAUCUAUACAUAAAUCAGCAAUGAAAAUAAUCUUUAGUUGCAGCCCUAAUUGCAAUAAUAAGUGAAGUUUGGCGUGGUGGAGUUCAUCAUUUCUGGAAAAGUCUCUCCCGGCUAGGGGCCGUGUGCGGCUGUUUCAACCAGAGGCCUAAUGCUUAUUAUGACUACAGAAAUGGUCCAUUGUUUCCUGCCGAAAGAGCCGUCUCCAUCUUAAUCUGGCCUCUAAGUCUCUUACACACACUGCUGUACACACACACACACACACACACACAAACACACACACACACACACACACACACACACACACACACACACACACACACACACACACACACACACACACACACACACACACACACACACACACACACACACACUCAAACACACAGUCACACAAUUACCUAUUCAAGGAAAAUAUUACAUUGUUGUCAGAAAAACAAAAAGAUGGAGUCGUUAAUUUGUCUUUGUCUGUUGGGUGUGUGCUUUUAUUACAUGUACAUGUUGUAUACGAGGUUAAGGCCCACAAGAUAACAAAUCGAAUCGAUGAGCCUUUUGCCAGACACUAAUUGGGAAGCAUUCACAAAGAGAUUGGCUGAUAUUGAAAUCCCCUUGGAUAUGACCUUCAUAUCGGUAUCUUCCUAAAAUGAUCAUCUUCAACUAGUGCAGAGGUCCUGAGAGACAGGGAGAUAAACAGGCAAUGAACAGAUGUAAUCCAAAGUAAUUAACGUAGUAAUUGGAGGAGCUGUUUUUUGUUUUGCUAAAGAUAAAAUUAUAUCCUUUGGGUAAAUUAGCUAUUAUGAUUACAAAAAGCAUGGCCAAAAUAUUAUGAUGAUAUCCAACGCCGACGUAAAAAAAAGUGUGAGACUUAUUGCCGACUGAAGAACAGCAACAUUUGUAAAUGGGAUAAACACUGGGAGGGAGAUAUACAAGUUAAGUGUACAUGUCCAUCUGGAUUUAUUUUGUACUUGGCCAAAUGGUGGCGAAAAUACCUCGGCCAGUUGAUUUGGCUUUAAGUGGGUUUUACUUAACAUGCUUACUGAAGGAAAGAGAAUCACCUCCCUCUAGUGGUGCUGUCCCCAAUGUAUUCACAGUCAUACCCAGCUGCAGCCCCGAGCACUACCAGAUGUUGAUUCCUGUCCCUAGAUGGGCAGAGAGUACUUGAAGCACUUUCCCCACUUCCAACUUAUUUCGUGUCUCGGCACUGCAGCAUACUGUGGGGGCCUCUCAAGUCUGUAUACUGAACAGAUACCUUGGAAAUGUGUCAAAAUCACAAAAUCGGUAGUCUUUCAUUACGUCCCCUUUUCACUCUGAAAUACACACACAAGGAUUCAUUGUAAUCUUACAUCCAACAGGAACUGUUUCACGUUUCAAACGCACACAAACAGGAACAAGACAAACAGAAGUGAAAAAAAAAAGGUUUAUGUUGUGCGUUGCAGAACAGGGAAGCAGGGAUCUGCCGACGCCAGCGCCGUGAUUCAAUGAAGACACUGGCACGUCCUACCAGGCUGCAGAAAACUAGAACGUAAAUGGCGCUCCACAAAGUCUAACAACUUGAAUGGCGUGACAGCCUGCUCAGAUGCGCACAACUUCUUCGUAAAGCGCCUGCUUCAGCCUACUCCUGCUGCCCAGGUAACCAGCUUAGUGGGUACCUACAUGUUCCUUGUCCAUCCUUCCCAGUCUAUUCAGUUUAAGGCCCAAUCCCAUUUCUACCCCUUACCCCUUCCCCUUCCCCUUCCCCCUCCCCUUUGUUUUGAAGGGGUAAGGGGAAGGGGUAAGAGGAAGGUGUGGUUAUGAGGGGACGCCUGGCCACCCCUGAUGGCUACCAGCUUGCUCAACACCCCAUCACGGUGUACAAUGGUAAAAAAUGAGUCACAUCCCUGGAGGAUGGGUCUCUCACCUUGCAUUCUUUCUAGAAUUUCUACCUUGCAAAUUAAGGUGGUUUUUUGUUUUCCUUUGGCGUAGUGAGUGUUUCGAAUAGGGCCCGUAAAGCUGUAACAGAGGCUGUAGGUGUGUUAAGGGCUAUACAAAUAAAAUUGAGCUGUCUUGAGUUUA